UAUUUCAUUGUUUAUUGUGGAGCUUUUCUUACCAUCUCUUUUGCUGUAUUCUGAAGAAUAUGUAAGCCUGGAGUGAAUCCUGUCAGGUUUGGCAUAUAGAGUAUCAAUUAUAUGAAAAAGGACCUCCUGCUACAGUACUGAUGGAGAGUCUAUCCUGAACACAGUUGGUACCUACAGUUCUUUCAUGCCUUCCCUGCCCUAAUCAGACGACCCUGAUUCUUUGAGGCCCUGAGUCAGUGACUGCCCGUGCCAACGAAAUGCUGAUCAGUAAAUCCCAUAUGACUUUCCCCGAAGCAGAUUCAGAUCUGGACUGAAUAAAAACACUGUUCAGGAUUGGAAGCAGCCUGCGGGGCCAAGGAUCCAACUUCUGUCUGGUGUCUCCUUUUUCCUAGCCAUCCUUUGGUGAAUUUGAGGAGUGUUGACAGCCACCUGAGCUGUAUUGGCAAAGAAUAGGGGUCAGAGUAAGCCGGGUCUUUGGCAGGGAGCCAGUCCCCCCACUAUUCUCAUUAGGGAGAAUCUGGUCCUGGCAGUCUGGCUGGCAGGGGACACUCAAUCACAAGGGUCCAACAUUUCAGCAGUUUGGAGAGUAAAGUGAUAGCAGAGGACAGCUGUAGCUCAGCCAUAGACCAGAGUCUGAGGAGAUCAAGCUUUCACUUCACUUGAAAGAAAGAGAAGGAAGGAACCAAGGGCUUAGCAGGAGAAUGAUCCAGGAGUUUUCCUCUUGUUAACCCAGAAGUUAGAAAGUUUUUGAUGCCAAGGCCAGAACUCUUAUCUGCACUAACAACGCAGGCCACAGACUCCAGCUGACAUGGCUCCUCGGAGACGGCGCAGGAAGCACUCUGCACCAGUGGUUUCCCCUCAGGUGGCCCUGGCCCCUGCAGUCUCAGGUCCUAGCAUUGAUGAACUUGGCUUUCUCUCUUUGGAGAAUAAUGUCCCUGGCCUAUCCCAGGUUAUCCUUCAAAAGCUGAACAUGAAGAGCUAUGAGGAAUACAAGGCAGUGGUGAAUGGGGGAACCCCCAAGGCAGGAUUCGGAAUCCACAGUCUCAGUGACAUGUUCCAGCGCCUGGAAGACACCUUCCGGUUCUGCGCUCGGUGCCGAGUGCUUCCUGAUGGACUCCCUGACUCUAAUGUCCUCCGCCGCUGUAAGAGGUGCAGAAAUGUCUAUUACUGUAGUCCUGAAUGCCAGAGGGCAGACUGGCCAGUACACAAGAAGGUCUGUUGGGAGCUUCAGCUUGUGGCUAUAGACCGACUAUUGGAGUGGCUAGUGGUCACAGGUGACUUUUCCCUGCCUUCAGGCCCUUGGCCAUGGCCACCAGGGGCUGUUCGGGACUGGGAUACCUGGUUUUCAAUGUGGGGAACACAGCUGGAUACCCUGCUGGAAUCUGUACUGGGGGGUCACGCAAUGUCUGCCUUGUGGGACAGUGUGGGGCGCCCGCGUCCAGACCCAGAUAGUCUACGGGGCUCUCUGCGCCGGCUUCUGACAGACACCCUUUCUCAGCCCCUGACAUUGGGAUUAGGGCUACGGACAUUGGUGGGGAGUACAGGGCAGCCGGGUGGGGUCACAGUGCAUGUGGUAGGUGCCUCCCAUGUAGAGACUUUCCUUACCAGCCAUGGGAUUUACAAUGAGCUUAUACAGAUGUUUCCUGGAUACGGUGGCCUCCGAGUAAUCAUGGUUGGUGUGGACUUGGCUGUGGAGUCCCUCCCUCAGCUUCCCUCAGUCUUACCCUCAGCUCCUGGUACGAUUCAGCUCGGCGGCUACAGGGGCCUUUAUCAUGACUUCUGGGAAGAGCAGAUAGAGACAGGCCAAGCAGUCUGGCCAGACCUUGUGGCAGCGUUUCAUCCGGGUUUCCAUGCCAGCCAAGACUUGCUGGCUGGCUGGUUGCCCACCCUACUGCUGCUUCGUGAUUAUGAGAUCCCCACUCUCUUCACUGUGUAUAGCCAACAGGAGCUGACAGCUUCCCUGCAGAUCCUCAUGAAACUAGAGACUGGAAUCAUUGCUUAUGGAGAUAACCCUUUUGCUUCCCUUAAACCUGAGCAAGCCUAUACCAACCCCAACAAGCCAUCCGUGUACUGCAGCGCUCACUACAUCAUGUGUCGGGGGACAACCCGACAACUGGAUGGAGAAGCAGUAGGAAGAAUGGAUAAUAGGAUUUAAAUAGCUGGGGAUACUUUCCAAAGAACCCCAUGAGGGCUUUUAUUAUCUCCAUUUUUACACUUGAGGAAACUGAGGCAGACAGCAAUUAGGUGACUUGCCUAAGGUCAUACAGCUAGUCACUGCCUGAGUGCAGAUCUGAACUUGGGUCUUUUCAACUCCAGGCUGAGAUCUGUAUCCACUAUGCGGGGUAGUGGUCCCUGAAUCAGUGCCUAUUCUACCCUUUGAGAAGUGUCCUAAGUACCCCAUUUUCUGCUGCUUCCUAUGAAUUAUCCUCACACUUUUGUCCUUGGAAUUGCCUCACUGCUUUAGUGUUAGUAUUCCAGGUCUGCUUGUGGGGCGUUAGGCCUGGACUGAUGGAAUUCCUCUGUAUCACAAGGUCCAUGCUGGCCCAAUAAACUUCUUUAGUGUCUGAAACCACUUGUUUAGCUCUGUUGCCUGUCUUUGGAUCAGAUUUGUGAUUUUGGUAUAGGGAACUCCUGAAGAGGAAGCUCCUGCCAGCACACUUCUGCAACCUAGUCUUAGUUGUCCAAAGCAUUGCCAAUUAAAGUCACACAGUCAGCCGGUAUGUUUGUUGGACCCCAGAGCUAUCUCCAUCCAAGUCAUGCAGCUCCUAACCUGUUAAGCUGAAAAAACAAUUCAGAUAGAACCCCAAGAUGGCAUCUCUCUGCUCUGUCAGGUGAAUGAUUGAGCGUUGUCUUUCAAACCUGGCCCAUCAGCUUGUCUCUGUGUUGUUCUUGUCUUUCUUGAGCUCAGAAUGUGCUUUUAGGCCUUCCUUCCUGCAGCCUUAGCAGGGCUUGAUCACCUUCUCCCCCCUUUCUCCCAACACAUACAUUGUGAGUCCUUUGUGACCCAGCUGGGUGAAUGAAAUGCU